AUGAUCAUUGAAAUAGAAGGAAUUAAGAUUGAUUUCCCGUUUGAGCCUUAUGCUUUGCAAAAAGACUACAUGACGAAGGUGAUUCAAGCUUUACAGUCACAACAGAAUGCAGUAUUAGAAUCUCCAACAGGAACCGGUAAAACUUUAUGUCUACUGACUUCAUCACUUGCUUGGUUGCUGCAACAAAAGAAUCAGAUGAUGAGUAGGGAGAAGGCGAAUCUUAAUUUCCAAGCAGGCGAAGUUAUGAAGAAUAUGAAAGGUUUAGGUUUCAAUCCAGAGGAUGUAACAGCAUUAAUAGAUCCUAGUACAGAUGGAAGGCAAUGGAGAGCAUCAACUAUUAUUUAUACAUCCAGAACUCAUUCACAAUUGACUCAAGCAAUGAGAGAAUUAAAGAAUUCAGACUAUAAAGAUGUCAAUUCUGUUGCUUUAGGUUCCCGUGAUCAGUUAUGCAUUAAUCCGGAAGUUCUUGAAGAAGGCAAGUCUGGAACUGAAAGAAAUACCAUGUGUCAAUUGAAAGUAAAGAAGAGGCAGUGUAAAUUUCGUGAAAGAGUUGAUAAAUGCACAUCAAAUCCAGAAGUUACAAAUAUGCCAAUAAAAGAUAUCGAGGAUCUAGUUACAAUAGGAAAGAAAUGCACAGCAUGUCCAUACUAUUUAUCUAGAGAUCUCGCAGCAAAUGCUGACAUCAUUUUCAUGCCUUACAACUACUUAUUAGAUCCAAGAAUCCUUAAAGGUUUUAAAAUUAAUUUAAUUGAUUCUGUUGUGAUCCUCGAUGAAGCACAUAAUGUCGAGAAAGUCUGUGAGGAAUCAGCAAGUAUACAAUUUGCAUCAAGUGACAUAACAAAUUGUAUUAAUGAUAUUGCUCAUGUCAUGAAAAUGUUAAAUAAAGAAGAGGAUAUAAUGGAAUUUGUGGACGAUGAAGAUGUCGAGAAGGAUUUUACAUUAGAGGAUCUAGCGAAAUUACAAGAUAUCAUGCUGACACUUGAGAAGGAAGUUGAUAAAAUUGAUUCUGUGUUUGUAAAACAAGGACGAACAUUUCCUGGAAGUAAAAUCUUUGAUAUCUUUCGUGCAGCCUCUAUUGAUCAAAUUUCAUAUCCAAUGAUAAGAAAGUUAAUUGACAGUUUAUCAGUGUUUCUGACACAAAGCUCUGCAGGCAAUUUAUUUGGUAGAAAAGGCGGUGGAUUGUUAAAAAUAAUGCAAGUACUAGAAGUUGCCUUCGAUGGAUGUGGUGAUGUCGAUUUUAAUCAAUAUUUAAAAGACAUGGAUCGAGGAUAUAGAGUUCAUGUAGAGAUAGAAAUUGAAAGAAAGAAAAAUGAUUCUGGUGGAUGGAUUUCACAAGCAAAAUUGACAGGAAAUCCAAAAGUCAUUAAUUAUUGGUGCUUUAAUCCUGGAUUUGGAAUGGCUAAUUUAUUGAGACGUCAAGUAAGAACUGUCAUAUUAACAAGUGGAACUUUAGCACCACUAAAGCCAUUAAUCAGUGAAUUAGCAAUAAAUAUUGAUCACAGACUUGAAAAUCCACAUAUCAUCAAAUCCAAUCAAGUCAUGGUAAAAAUCAUUAAUGCUGGACCAGAUAAAGAACCAUUAUGUGGAACGUAUGAUAAUCGUGACAAUCCAAAAUAUAUCAAAUCGAUGGGAAUGACAAUACUUGGAAUAUCUCGUGUAACUCCAAACGGUGUGCUGGUUUUCUUCCCGUCAUAUCCAAUGAUGAAUAACUGUUUUGAAAUGUGGAAAAAUACAGGCAUUUGGCAGUCACUUUAUGAGAUUAAACCUAUUUUAAUGGAACCGCGUGGAAAAGAUGAAUUUGCUGAGAGAAUUGGUGAAUAUUAUGAUCUUGUGAAGCUGAAGAAAGGUGCAAUCUUUAUGGCUGUUUUGAGAGGAAAAAUCAGCGAGGGUCUCGACUUCAAUGACCAUAAUGCACGUGCUGUAAUCAUCUGUGGCAUUCCAUUUCCUCCUAUGAUGGAUCCAAGAGUUAUUUUAAAGAAGAAAUAUCUCGAUAUUAAUAGAAACAAUGUUAAUCAACUACAAAGUGGACAAGAAUGGUAUGUGCUGGAAGCUGUUCGUGCUGUAAAUCAAGCUAUUGGUCGUGUUAUUCGUCAUAAAGAUGAUUAUGGUGCUAUAUUUUUGUGUGAUCGACGAUUUCAUCAACAAAAGACUCAACUUUCUCGAUGGAUUCAGCCGCAUUUAAUGAAGCAAUCAGUUGGUGACGUAAAUUUUGGAAUGAUAAUUGGUGAGCUUGCUAGAUUCUUUAGAAAUUUGAGUGGUUCCAUGCCUGAGCCUCCAGUUAGACAGGAAAAUAAGGAGAUUAAGAAGGAAAAUGUUGAUUCUAAUGGAUAUUUAAGCACAACAGUUGCUGGUAACAAAAUGAUGAGACAACACAUCAAAAUUGAGAGUUCUAAUGAAAUUUAUGGCACGCCAUCAUUACCAAUUCAAAAAUCUGAAGAAUUUACAAAAUAUUGUGAAGGCAUGCAGCAGAAAAUUAAAACUGAACCGCAAGGAUUUAUGGGAAGCCUUAAUCGUGAAGUUUCUGUGAUAGAUUUUAAUUCAACAUCAAUUGGUGAAAGUUCUUCGUCAAGUACGUCCAUUAAAACUGCUCGUUCCUUUGAUUUCUCACAAGAUUCUGAAAAUGCUAGCAAGAAAAGACGACUUAAGAUGAUUCCAAAUGCAAAUCAGCUGUAUAGUGAACCACAAUCUUCAGUUCUUGAACAAUUAAGAAGCACAAAAGUUCGUGUAAAGAGAAGCGAUUAUGAUCGGCAAGUUUCGAGCGAGAAGAAGGAAUUUAUCGGAGAGCUUAAGUCAACAAUUUCGAUUGAAGGAUACAAAAUCUAUUUAGCAACGCUUUAUUCCUACAAUAAGAAGGAUUACACAAUUGAGAAGGCACUGGAUAAGUUUGUGAUUCUUUUCAAGACAUCGCCAAAAGCAGUCGCAUUUUUGAGAAAUACAAGAAGUUUCUUGCGAGAGGAAGAUAGACCAGCACUAGACAGAGCUAUUGAAAAUAAUUUUGUCAUUGACUGA